AUGAAAGCACUUCAAAUUGCAUUUUCAUCUCGGUAUCUUUUCGUUACGAAUACGCUCUGUUAUAGUUCACUGCUUGGUGUUGCUGAUAGUCUGCAGCAAUAUAUUCACGGUGAUUGGGAUCCAAAAUUAAGCAAGGAUUUCGAUAAAUGGCGUACAUUCAGAUUUUCGAUAAUGGGUUUUAUUCUUGGUCCGAUGAAUCACUUUUGGUAUCGAUGGCUGGAUUCAGGUAUUAUUAAAGGUGGUAGAAACAUCGUGGUACUUAAAAAAGUCAUUGCUGAUUUUCUUUCGUCACCAGCUUUCUCAUCUGUAUUUAUUUCAGGUGUUGCAUUGAUGGAAGGACAACAUAUCGCUGGUGCUAUGCGGGAAUAUUUGAGGAAAUAUUAUAGAAUAUUUGUACUUGAUGUUUGCGUGUGGCCACCCACACAAUUUUUCAAUUUUUGGUUUCUGCCAAAGUCGUGUCGUGUAGUUUAUGUUGGAGCAGUACAGCUUCUAUACAAUUGCUUUUUGUCUUAUAUAAAACAUAAUGAAGCCGAUGGCACUCCAACAACAAUGAAAUCAGAAAUCAGAUAUUCUUUACAUCCGGAUUUAUGA